GUCUCUAGCGCAGACUUUGGUUUUCUCCAUUUUGAACAAAGCGAUAGACGAAAUUUAAGAUGGCAUCCAGCGCUCUUAUCAAGGUAAAGAUCCAACGAAAUUUAAACGCGAAGCCAAAGAGCGAUGAUACAACUGCGACUAACGGCGCUACCGAAAGCAACAAAGAAACGCAAGCAUCAGGUGAUCAAGUUAACCAGAAUGACAAACGAAAGGAGAAAGGGAUGAAAAAAUCUUCAAACCGUUUUGAGCCUUAUAACCCUCAAAGACGUUUUAGGGCUUUCAUCUCUAACAUACCCUUUGAUGUUAAAUGGCAGGCCCUGAAAGACCUUGUCAAGGAGAAAGUUGGUGAGGUAACAUACGUGGAGCUCUUAAUGGACGAUGAAGGAAAGUCAAGGGGAUGUGCGGCGGUUGAGUUUAAAUUGGAGGAAAGCAUGAAGAAGGCUGUGCAAGUUCUCAAUAAGCAUGUCUUUAAUGGAAGGCCAUUAAAAGUUAGGGAGGAUCCUGAUGGUGAUCGUUCAAGAAGAGCUGCCCACUCUGUUUUUGGACUAGGCCCUAUGGGCAUGGGAGGUCCAGGCCCUAUGGGUUUGGGUGGUCCAGGUCCAAUGGGAAUGCCGGGGCCAAUGGGAAUGGGUGGUCCAGGUCCAAUUGGGCUUGGUGGACCUGGUCCUCUGGGAAUGGGUGGCCCAGGACCAGUUGGAGGCAAUAUUCCGCCUAGCCUGCUUAACAACCCAAAUAUUCCUAGGGAAGUUAUCCAUGCACUACAAGCAGGAAGACUUGGGAGCACAGUGUUUGUAGCUAAUCUUGAUUACAGUGUUGGCUGGAAAAAGUUAAAGGAAGUAUUUGGAAUUGCUGGCACUGUGCUGCGGGCAGAUGUUUUGGAAGAUAAAGAUGGAAAGAGCAGAGGAAUUGGUACAGUUACAUAUGAACAACCUAUAGAAGCUGUUCAGGCAAUAUCAAUGUUCAAUGGACAGCCUCUCUUUGACAGACCUAUGAUGGUGAAAAUGGAUGACAAAUCAAUGCCUAAAGGAGACCUGUUUCCUGCAGAUCGGCCACCACAACUUCCCCGUGGCCUUGGAGGUAUUGGGAUGGGCCUUGGUCCUGGCGGUCAGCCAAUAGAUGCAAACCAUCUGAGAGGAUCAAGUAUGGGGGGCCCUGGAGGUAUAUCUAUGGACUCAAUGGGCUUCGGGAUGAAUAAAAUGGGCAUUGAUGGCCCUCCAGUUGGUGGGAACAGCAGUCUUGGUAGCAUAAACAGAUUUCCAUCUGGUUUGGGCCUUGGAAGAAUGAGUGGAGAUCUUGAUCGAGCAAUGAGUGUUGGAUUUGAUAGGAGUGAACUGAACACGUUAUCCAGAGGUUAUGGGGACUCACUGGAUAGAGGAAUUGGGUCUGGAGCAGGCAACCUUGUGGCUGGUAUUGACAGACUGAGUUCAGGCCUAGGGAGAGGUGUAGACAGAGUACCAUCUGAUAUUGAUAGAAUGGGGCUUGUCAUGGACCGUUUGGGUCCUAGUGCUGACAGAAUGGGCUCUGGGAUAGGCUCUGGUAUGGGAUCAUUGGGCAUGGACCACAUUUCCUCCAGUAUUGACAGAAUUGUAGCAUCCAGCUUAGACAGAAUGAGUACUAACAUUGGUUAUGGUGUAGACAGGAUGGGAUCAUCAAUUGAUAGGGUAGGCUCCACAAUUGAUAGAAUGGGUUCCAGCAUAGACCGCAUUGGCUCAGGAAUGGAUAGAGUGGGUGUUGGUAUGGACCGCCUAGGAUCCUCUUCAAUGGAUAGAAUGGCAUCUGGGUUGGAUCGUAUGGGUCCCAUGAUGGAUAGGCUUCCAUCAGUGGAUCGACUUACUGCUGGGUCUAUGAACAGAGUUGGGUUAGACCACAUUGCAUCCAGUCCUUUAGAUAGAAUGGGACCAGGCAUUGGAAUGGGUUCCAGCAUGGGACUGGGAAUGGGAAGUAGUUUUGACAGGCCAAUGGACAUUGACCACACUAAGUUUGGAAACAACUUUGGAGGUUCUUUUGGCGGAACAGCUGGUAUACGGCCAGUUGCAGUACCGCGGAAAGGAUGCCAGAUUUUUGUAAGAAAUUUAUCUUUUGAUUGCACUUGGAAAAUGCUGAAGGACCAGUUCGGUGAAUGUGAGAUCUGUGGGACACAGGGACCGUGGGGUAUAGCAUCCACCACCAGGAGGCAGGACACUGAAAGAAGUUGAAAGCUCUACCCCACUUUACUAUAGUUGGUUUUUUCAGUGUGCUCAUGGAGACCCAACCAUCUCCCUUUGUUCAACAUUUUUUUCAGCAGUCUGGCACCAGGAGUUGCCAGAGAGAGCUUUUCAUGCAGGACUGCCUCUACAGGGUAUCCAUGGAUGGAUAGAGCACUGCCCAGCAGGCCUGGACUGGCAAUCUGUGGGUUCUGGCAAAUGCCAGAGGGGCUACAAUAAGGUGCCAUAGAAAGUCAGUAUUUAGUGGGCUGUUUAGGUCUCUCUGUGGGCUGAUUAGGCCUCUGUGUACCUGAAAUGCUAGGGCCUAUCUUAAUUCUCAGUCCAGACCUGCUGCCCAGCACUAGCCAGGAACAAGGACCUAAGGGAAGGGCUCCGCUUGUCAUAGCUUUAUGUGCCUGACUCGAGUCACCUGGACUCGGUGAGUAAGUUUCCCCCUUAAGCGCAACUAUGCGUGCCAGCAGCCCCAGUUGCCUUCUGAGCCCUAAGUUUAUGCAAACCCGGUGCCUAAGGGGUGGGAAUUCUGGGCGACUCUUCCGCUGUGAUUCGCGCCGUCUCCUGGUUACGCGGUACUGACGUCACUUCCCCAACUCGCAUCUGUGACUUAUAUUGCUAGCCCCCGCUCAACUGCCGCUCUCCAUAUUGAAAGGAGAACCAGAGAGUUACCACUCGUCAUCCAAAUAUGUUAAGCUCCAAGGAGAACCCACUCGACAUACAACACCUGGACAGGUUACUUCUAACGGGGCACAACUAUUUGAGAGCAAGGGGAAUAAGUGGGAUUGCACUUGCUCAGGUGGGGCACACACUGUGGGGAGAAGAAACUAAGGGAAAACCUCACCAGAAGUUUCUAUUACUUCCCUAUCCUAGUCCAUUUUAUGUCUAAGAAACAUUUCACCAUGUCAGACAAUCAGGAGGGUCCAUUUACCAGAGGGGCACAUGCUCAAUCUAAAGUUAUGUAUUUGGCUUGUAUUUUAUGCUGCAAAUGACCCCUCGCCAAUGUAUAAAAAUAUUUUUAAAAA